AUGGCCACCAACACGGCCGCACCCUCGACUGCAGCUACUGCCACCGCCACCGAGUCGGUCGCCUCGUUCGACCCGCUCAAGGGCUACGCCCACUCGCCUCCCGCCUCCUCCUCGACCGCACCUCGCCCCUCCUCCUCGACCUCGACCUCGGCCGCACCUCGCGCCGACUCGCGCCCCGCGGCACCCCAGCAGCGGCCCUCGGCUCAGCCCAUGCGCCGCCGCUCGAGCAGGCGCAGCGCCCGCGGCGACGACCCGGACGACAGCCUCGACAGCGACGACGCCCGCUCGACCUCGCGGCGGGGCACCACGGCCAGGCGAGGUGGCGCAGCGCACCGGGCCACGGGCGUGCAGCCGCCCAAGGACGACGACCUGUUCGACACGGACGACGCCUUCCAGGCUUACGCCGACGCCGAGCGCGCCUCCGGGUGGCACCACCUCCCGCUCUUCCUCGUCGGCCUCCCCUCGCUCGGCGCCGUCGUGCACGGCCGCGCAGAGCACUGGAGCGACGCCAUCAUCCUCGCCCUCGUCGUAUUCUACCUUUACCAGCUCAUCAAGGUGCCGUGGGAGCUCUACUACGCCUCGUACGCGCGCUCCGUCCUCCCCGUCGGCAUCGAGCCCGGUGCGCCCGACUCGGACGAGGACCCGCAAGUCGUCGCCCGCCGCGCCGAGUCGGCCCAAGCCCUGCGCCGCAACGAGCUCAUGGCCCUGUGGUCGACCUUCCUCGUGCCCGUCGUCGGCGCCUCGCUCCUCCAUUACGCCCGGGGCCUCCUGAGCGACCCGGACCGCUUCAUCAACCGGUUCCUGAUCGGCCUCUUCGCCAUCGCGAGCUCGGUCAAGCCCGUUCUGCACUUUGUCAAGCUCGUCAAGCACAACUCGCUGUACCACCAGGAGGUCGUGCACUACCCGUCGUCGCGCGUCCACCAGCUUCAGCAACGUGUCGACCGCCUCGAAAAGGAGCUCUCGCAGCUUUCGCGCACCUCGGUCCCGCUGUCGACGUUCGAGUCGCUCUCGUCGUCCCUGUCGUCGACCUUGACGCCGCUCCAGCGCCAGCUGCGCCGCCAGACGCUCGAGACGCAGCACGCCCAGCUCUCGUCGACCGAGCGCCUGAGCGCCCUCGCCGGCGCCGUCGACGAGCUGUGCCUCGCGUUCCAGGCGCAGGACCAAGAGCUCGUCGCCCUGCGCGACGUCGUCGCCUCGCGUUCGACCGCCGCCGCCAAGCGCUCGCCCGCCCUCGGCAACGCAGCCGCCGUCCUCGGCAGCGUCGUCAAGCACCUCGUCGUGUACCUCGCGACGCCGGCGUACGCGCACCGCCGCGACGACGAGCGCGAGCGGCACGGCGUCGCGUGGUACGCGCUGUGGCCCGUCACGGUCCCGCGCGCGCUCGUCGGGUGGGCCGUCAAGGGCACGGCCAAGGGCGCCGUCAAGGCGCUCGGGUGGGAGGGCGACGCUGAGGCGGCGGCGGCGGCGUCGUCGGCGGGCGCAGGUGGAGGAGGGGGCGCGCUCGACAAGGGGAGGAACCACAGGAGGAUCACGAGCGCGCCGAGUGCGGCUGCGGCUCUCGCAGGAGGCGGACCGGGAGCGGACAAGGAGGAGGUCGAGCCCUACAGCGAGGAGGACGAUGGCUCGGAGGAGGAGGACGACCUCGACCUCGACCUCGACCUCGACCGCGCUCGCCCUGCCCCGGCCUCGACUCGCGCCCCGUCCUACAGCGCGCCCUCGUACAUGCCGUACGCCCAGCAGGCGCGCUACGCCCGCACGCAGCAGCAGGUCCCCGUGCCCGUCGCCGGCCGUCGCCCCGGCGCAGGGCUGCGCUCGUCGUCGAGCCGGGCGCAGCAGCAGCAGCGCGUCGUCGGUGCGGCGUGAGGAGCGUCGUCGUGCCCUCUCGCCGUCGUCCAGGGCUGUGGCGGUCGGCGUCCCGCUCAGCGCUUUUGUACCUCUCCCGCUUGUCCCCCUUGCACUUCCUCUCUCCUUCUCUCCUCUCCCCUCCCCUCCCAUCGGCUUGUACCCAUCGUCAUUGCCUUCCCUCGCACUCUGUCCGUACUAGUUUUACUUGCAACGCGCCAGCUAUUCCGCUUCGCCUCCUCA